AUGAGCCCGGGCCAGCGCGCCGGCGGCGACGCGCGGAAGGACGGCCCGGCGGGCGGCGGGGGGCGCCCCGCGACGGCGGCCGGGGCCUGGGCGGUGAGCGCGUUGUGCUUGCUGCUCUCCGUGGGCUCGGCGGCCGCCUGCCUGCUGCUGGGCGCCCAGGCGGCCGCGCUGCAGGGCCGGGUGGCGGCGCUCGAGGAGGAGCGGGAGCUGCUGCGGCGCGCGGGGCCGCCGGGCGCCCUGGCCGCCUGGGCCGAGCCGCACCUGGAGCGUCUGCUGCGCGAGAAGUUGGAGGGACUGGCCAAGCACCGGACAGUCCGAGAAGCGCCGACUGCCUGUGUCUGCCCACCAGGCCCUCCCGGACGGCGCGGCAAGGCUGGAAGAAGAGGCGACCCCGGUCCUCCCGGGCAAUCAGGACGAGAUGGCUACCCGGGGCCACUGGGUCUGGAUGGCAAGCCCGGACUUCCAGGCCCGAAAGGGGAAAAGGGUGCACCCGGAGACCUUGGCCCUCGGGGAGACCAAGGACGAGAUGGAGCUGCUGGGCCUCCGGGGCCCCCUGGACCCCCUGGGGCCCGGGGCCCUCCUGGAGACACAGGGAAAGAUGGCCCCAGGGGAGCAGAAGGCCCGGCGGGUCCCAAAGGAGAGACUGGACGGGACGGCGAGAUGGGCCUGAAGGGACCCCCAGGGCCCAAGGGUGAGCCCGGCAUUCCUGGAAAGAAGGGGGAUGACGGGACACCAAGCCAGCCAGGGCUCCCUGGACCCCCAGGCCCCAAGGGUGAGCCCGGGAACGCGGGGCCUCGAGGAGAAAAUGGUGUGGACGGCGCCCCAGGGCCAAAGGGAGAGCCUGGCCCGCGAGGCGCCGAUGGAGUCUCCGGACUGCGGGGUCCCCAGGGCCUCAAGGGUGAGCAAGGAGACACAGUGGUGAUUGACUACGAUGGCAGGAUCCUGGAUGCCCUUAAGGGUCCUCCCGGGCCACAGGGGCCCCCAGGGCCACCUGGGAUCCCCGGAGCCAAGGGUGAGCUGGGGUUGCCUGGUGCCCCGGGAAUCGACGGAGAGAAGGGUCCCAAAGGAGCCAAAGGAGACCCGGGAGAGGCUGGGCCGACCGGACCCAAAGGGGAGGUGGGCGAGAUGGGCCUGUCGGGCCUCCCGGGCACUGACGGUCCCAAGGGCGAGAAGGGAGAGUCGGCAUCUGACAGCCUACGAGAGAGCCUGGCCCAGAUCAUAGUGGCGCCAGGGCCCCCCGGCCCCCCUGGGCCCCCAGGCCCCAUGGGCCUUCAGGGAAUCCAGGGUCCCAAGGGCUUGGACGGAGCAAAGGGAGAGAAGGGUGUGUCGGGUGAGAGAGGCCCCAGCGGCCUGCCUGGGCCAGCUGGCCCUCCAGGCCUUAUCGGGCUGCCAGGAACCAAAGGAGAGAAGGGAAGACCUGGGGAGCCAGGACUAGAUGGGUUCCCUGGACCCCGAGGAGAGAAAGGUGACCGGAGCGAACGUGGAGAGAAGGGGGAGCGAGGCGUCCCGGGCCGGAAAGGCGUGAAGGGCCAGAAGGGUGAGCCGGGACCGCCGGGCCUGGACCAGCCAUGUCCUGUGGGCCCCGAUGGGCUGCCCGUGCCCGGCUGUUGGCAUAAGUGACCCCCGCACCCAGCUCACAACCUGUACAGAG